UUAAAAUAGCCACCGUAGUCCUUGUUUGCGCGCGUAACGGUCCAAACCAACUUUGCGUUUGUCGUGCGCGUAUUUUUUUUACUUUUAAUUUAUUUUUCGGUUCUCGAAUUCGGUCUUUGUGGUGUUGAGUUUUCGGAAAAUAAUUUUGACUUUGAGUUCGUUGGUACUUAAAGAGAAGUUUUUUUUGUGAAGUAUUGCAAUAUGGAUAAGUUGGUGCUAGGAUUAAUUGGAUGUUUGUUAUGUUCUAGUUACGUCAAGGCAGCUCUAACAAUUAAAGAAAUCGUCGGUCCGGAAUACGUGGAAGACGGCUCUGUCGACGAACUAGUUCUCGAUUGCGAUUUCCAGGCCGAACAAGAGGAAAACAUAGUCGUCAAAUGGUUCAUCAACGGGGAGGAGGAACAAAUAUACCAAUGGAUCACCGAUUACAAGAAAGCAAAUGCCAUGGGAGACUUGAAGGACAUCAUCGACGCGACCUAUAAGGUUACGGAUAAUCCCAACACGAUGUUCAGGGCGCUGAAAUUUACGGAAGUCAGUCCUGCGAUAUCGGGGAACUACACAUGUAAAGUUAGCGGAGAUGACUCGGAUGCUACCCUGACAAAGCAGUUGAUAGUUUACUCGCCUGCCACGUCCUUUGAGAUGGUUUUGAUUGACGGAGAAUUUGAUGGAGAUGAAGCAAUUUUGUGCAAUGCCUUCAAUGUUUCUCCAAAGCCUGUUUUCGAACUUUAUAUAGACGGAUAUAAUGAUUCGUCAGAAUUAUCCGAAGAAUUCGUCACGACGAGGCACGAGACUGUAGACAAAUACGGCUUUUACAACAUCAGUUUAAUGCUUCCUUUUAACUCCAGCUACUUAGACGAGGGUACUACGAGAUUCAUCUGUAACAUAACCAUACCAGGGACCAACUAUUCAGAAAUCAAAAGCGUGGAACAUUAUAUAGAUACUGACCUACAUCUCGAAAUAAGCUCAGAUUCCAACUCUUCUGAAAAUUACAGUGUUGCUUUAAACUUUACUGAGGACUAUCGAUUCCAAGUUCGAGAUAAUGGUGUGGCUUCAUUAGUUUCUUCAUUGGUAACAAUUAUAAUAUUAACACUUUCUUUAUUGUUAACGACCUGAAGCAUGGAACAAUAAUAUAGAAAAAAAAAUUAACCCAAAUUUACUUAAAAACUAUUUUUCUAUGUAAUUAUGUAAAACAAUUUUUAGAAAAAUACAAUGUAAUUAAAAUGUAUAAUAUGUAAAAAAAAACUAUUGUAUAUAACAUUAAUUAGUUUAGGUGUUUUGUAUUUGUACAGAAUUUAAAAUAUUGUACAUUAAUAUUGUGUUUGUUAAGUUUAAUGCCAAAAAAUAUACCAAAGUAUCAAUUAUAAAUUAAAUUAUUGUGUAUAAAA